AUGAAGAGACCUUUCUUAACAUGGCUACUUGCCGCACUUCCGGUCAUCACAGCCCUCCCAAACACGACCGUCGAAAUAGAUUUCCUCUUUCCCCGUGAAAAUGCGACCUACACCCUCAACUUUACGGGCAUCCCCGUUCUUCUGUCCAUCCACAACCCCGCUACUGCUAACGCGUACGGCUGGACUUUCUACUGGGAAACAUACAAGCAGCCGCAUCCCGACCUGGAUUCCCGUCUCCCCGUGAACAGUAUCUCUGCGCAGUUCGGAAACACGACUCGGUGGCCAGACAACCCGCACCUCAUCACCGAUACGACUGGACCCCUAGAGGCGGGGACGUACACCUUCCACUGGAACCUCCAAGGUGGCCCUUGGUGCAAGUUCGAUCCAGGUUUUGUGAAUUCAUCUAGUAGUGCGCUGCAUGUUGGCGGCGGGACGUUCGAGUUUGUGGUCGCGGAUGGCACGGCGGCAGCGCCUGUACUUACUGGUAUUUGCGGCGAGCUGGCAGGAAUGAUGGACUAUGCCUCCACGACUACGUUCGCGAAUGAUUUGAUACCAGGGAUGGGGGGUCAAACGGUGACGUGCGGCGUUACAAGGAGCGUCACUGCUACAGCGGAGAGUUGUAAAGCCACACUUGACGAGGGACAAGCGAGGAGCGUGUCAAGUCUGGUGGGUUGGGGGGAGUUUGCGACUGCGUCGGCGACGACAACGCCCACGGCCACUGGUGGUACUGGCUCAAGCGAGGGGCGUGCUAUCUCGGUGUCGAUCCGAUUGUUGAGUUUGAUGAUGGCCUAUAUGCUUGUGCAUAUUGUCUGA